AUGGGGCCUAAAGCAGGGUCACCUCCAGCAGCGUGUGCCAGCAGUACGUUAGAAGUGGAUGGAGCCGAGGGCAGGUCCAUCACGUUUCACCUUCAGGGCCUGAAAGGAGAAAAUUUGGCCUGGAGCUUUCGUGGAGAGACCAUACUUACCAUCAAACUGGGAGAGUCUCCCGAUCCCUCGUUUUAUGAGGACUCCUACAAGUCACGCGUGACCUUCCCUGAGAACGGCAGCGCGCUCACCAUCUCCCAGCUGGGGAAGAAAGAUGCCGGCAUCUACACAGCAAAAAAUUCCGUGUUUAAAGCCAGCUUCUUCCUGCAGGUGUACAGCGUGCUGCAGGAGCCGGCGGUGACCUGCGCGUCGUGGAACUGCUCGGCCGACGGCUGCCGCUACACCCUGCGCUGCGCCGUGCACACCCCCGGGAACAAAUCCUUCUCCUGGAGCCACGGCGAGCAGCUGGAUGCCGAGGGGCCCGAGGUGGUGGUGGAGGCGCCGCCCCCGGGGGAGCUGGAUGUGCUCUCCUACACCUGCACGGUGCGAAACCCCGUCAGCAGCAGCAACGCCACCGUCUCGCCCGCCGCCCUCUGCACAGACAGCUACAGGAGCAGCUUUACCGGCACCGUAGCCGCGAUGGUGAUCAUAGUGCUAAUAAUCCUGGCUGUCCUCUUGGCCUUCUUGAUAUUCCAAGGCAGGAAGAUCUGCAACCCCUCCAUGCCCGCAGCUCCUGCUACAGAGGUGGCAGCAGAAUACCUGACGGUGUACGCUGAGGUUGGCAUUGCCCAUCAGGAUUUCCCUCAUGCACAGAGAAAUGACCCAAAGAAGACGCCGGCCCCUGGGGCAGAGACCCCCAAAACCAUUUAUUCCACCAUCCAGCCCAUGGCCCAGGUGGAUGAUAACGAGCUGGGCGGCAGCACGCUGGGGUGCUAG